UAAAACUCGGCCACGUCGAUGGCGUCGCGAAACAAGUCGUCUCGCUCUCAGGAAGGACAGAAGCAAGUUUUGGCCGAGCUUCUCAGAGACCCCGGCAACAAGAUAUGCGCCGACUGCCACGCGAAAGGACCGCGCUGGGCGUCGUGGAACCUUGGAGUGUUUGUCUGUAUACGUUGCGCUGGAAUCCAUCGAAAUCUUGGCGUCCAUAUCAGCAGAGUGAAGUCGGUCAACCUCGACACGUGGACUGACGAGCAGAUUGAGAGCAUUUCGUCUCUGGGAAAUAGCAAGGUCAAUUCUAAAUACGAGUCUGGUCUUCCAAGUAGCUUUUCUCGACCAAUCGAUGACUAUUCUGCUGAGUCGUUCAUUAGGGCGAAAUACGAGCAUAAGAAGUAUUGUCGUCGUAUGUCAUCACCUCUCAAUGAAAACAAAAGAAGCACGUCUCCCGAAAAGGCCAUACCCAAAAGAACAAAGGAAGAAAAAUCUGCCAAAUCUCUUUCCGUUCCUGCUUCAGCACCACGAAAGGUUGCUUCUGCGCCUAUUCUGGCGGACAGCAAAGGAAAUCCUGUUGUAGCAGGAUCGAGCCCUCGAUUACGUCCACGUACUAGUCACCCUCCGGUCACUUCCCCUCAAGCUCACCCUCCCACUCGUUCUACUUUUUCAUCUCAGAAACCGUCGAUCGAUUUACUCUCGAUCGACGACACACCAUUAGCAAUGCCGUCUGCUAGCAGCUCAUUGCAGCCCGACACGAUGACAUUCCAACAGAGCAUUGCUAAGAAAGACAGCAUAAUGUCGCUCUACAGCGUGCAGCAUCAACAGCAGCAAUAUCCGGGCUUUGUCGGAUACCAGCAGCAGACUGGAACGUCGCCAGGCAUGCCGUCGACCGGAAUGCCGAGCCCGUAUCCGAGCAUGUACCAGCAACAGGUGCAGUAUCAACAACAGCUUCAGUUUCAGCAGCAGAUGCAUGUUCAGCAAGUACAGGAGCAGAUGACCAAGCUGAAGAUCCAGCAACAGCAUCAGCUGCAGGUCGAGCAGGGCUCCCUGUUGAGCGACUGGUCUAGUCCUCGUCCGGCGAUGGCCGGCCAAACUAUGAAUAAUCAACUGUGGCAAUAGUAGCGUUUUGUUCUUGGCAUAGAAGCGUGUGGUUUGCGAGUGUACAGUUGCGAUCGUCCUGUUUGCAGUUUGUAUUGGUAUACAGAGGAAUUGGUGUUUUGUGUGAUUUUCUAUCUAUUAAUUAAACUGUGGAAAUGAUGGUACUGUA